UAAAUAAAGACGCCUCCUGACGGAAUUAAUUGACCACAAACCCUCUUUUUAAGGUUUUUGUGAAAGCACCAUGGUAUUAGAUCAGCGCUAGAAUGAUUACCAUGGUAUUUAUACGGUAUUUCAUCUACAUUUACAUUUAGCUGAUGCUUUUAUCCAAAGCGACUUGAAGCAAACCAACAAGAGAGCAAUAAUAUGCACUUUACAGACUUUACUAGUGCAGACUUACUGGAGGAGACUUCUUCUUCAUCUUCUUCAUCAUCUGCUGGAGCGGGAGCGCGCGCAGAAUGAGGCGGCUGCUCGUGCUCGCGGCGGGAAUCUCAGCGCUCGCGUCGCUGUGUGUAUCAGCGCAGACGCUCGACGCAGGCGCAGACAGAGCUGCGCAGACGCUCAACGCAGGCGCAGACAGAGCCGCGGAGCAAACGAGAGCGAACCGAUCGAAGCGACGCGGCGGCGGGCAGGACGUGCUGAAGGGGCCGAAUGUGUGUGGAUCCCGUCAUCAUGCGUACUGCUGUCCCGGAUGGAAGACCUUGACCGGAGGCAACCAGUGCAUCGUCCCGAUUUGUCGCAGCUCCUGCGGAGAUGGCUUCUGCUCCAGACCCAACAUGUGCACCUGUCCGAGUGGCCAGAUCGCUCCCACCUGUGGAUCCAAAUCAGUCCAGAACUGUAACAUCCGCUGCAUGAACGGGGGGACGUGUGCGGAGGAGCAGUGUCUGUGUCAGAAGGGAUACUCCGGAGCUCACUGCGGCCAGCCGGUGUGUGAGUCCGGCUGUCUGAACGGAGGCCGAUGUGUCGCUCCAAACCGCUGCCUGUGUAACUACGGCUUCACUGGAGCUCAGUGUGAGAGAGAUUACAGGACGGGGCCGUGUUUCGCGUCGGUCAGUAACCAGAUGUGUCAGGGUCAGCUGACCGGAAUCGUCUGCACUAAGACGCUGUGCUGUGCGACGGUGGGACGGGCCUGGGGUCAUCCGUGUGAGCAGUGUCCAGCACAACCGCACCCCUGCCGCCGCGGAUUCAUUCCCAACCACCGCUCUGGAGCCUGUCAGGAUGUGGACGAGUGCCAGGCCAUUCCUGGACUCUGUCAGGGGGGAAACUGUGUGAAUACUGUGGGCUCAUUUGAGUGCAAAUGCCCUGCUGGACACAAGUUCAACGAAAUCACACAGAAAUGUGAAGACAUCGACGAGUGCUCUCAGAUCCCGGGCCUGUGCAGUGGAGGUCAGUGCUCCAACACCAUCGGCAGCUAUUUCUGCAGGUGUCCGGUGGGCUUCGACACGGCGCUGGACGGCUCGCGCUGCAUCGACGCUCGGACAGGCUUCUGCUACGGUAACAUCGUGAACGGACGCUGUGCUAAUCUGCUGCCGCAGCGUAUGUCCAAGAGCCAGUGCUGCUGCGAGAACAGAGGAUGCUGGACUGGAUCCACCGUCCCAGAGAUGUGUCCCAUCCGCGGAACAGAGGAGUAUCAGAGACUCUGUCUGUAUGGUCACACGGUUCCUGAUCCAGACAGACCAGAUCUGGGUCCGGGUCCGGGUCCAGGUCCAGGUCCAGGUCCGAUUCUGAUUCCGGGUAUUUUUCCUCAUCCUGGUCCUGGUCCGGGUUUUCCUGAUGACCCACGAGAUCCUUACCCUCGUGAUCCAAUACCUGUGCCGCCCACAUUUGUUGACAUUCCCACCAUCAGACCUGUCAUCCUGCCUCAGAACGUCAGCAUUAGAAACAUGUGCGAGGCGUUUCGUAACCUGUGCAUCAACGGCCGCUGCGUGCCGACGCCGGGCAGCUACCGCUGCGAGUGCAACAUGGGCUACCGGCUGGACGGCCGCGGCGAGUGCAUCGAUGCUAACGAGUGUGAGCAGAACCCUUGUGUGAACGGAGAGUGUGUGAACACACCCGGAUCCUAUUACUGCCAGUGUCCUGCUGGAUUCCAGAGCACGGCCACCAGAACCGAGUGUCGAGAUCUGGAUGAGUGUGUGGCCAACGGUCGCAUCUGCAACAACGGCCGCUGCGUCAACACGGAGGGCAGCUUCCACUGCGUGUGCAACGCCGGCUUCGAGAUCUCCGCUGACGGAAGGAACUGCCAAGACACUGAUGAGUGUUUGAUAAGAAACAUCUGUCUGAAUGGCAUGUGCAUCAAUGAGGACGGCAGCUUCAAGUGCAUCUGCAAACCUGGAUACUUGUUAGAUGGUACUGGACGAUUCUGUGUGGAUGUGGAUGAGUGUGAGGUUCCUGGUAUGUGUAUGAACGGUCACUGCGUCAACACCGAGGGAUCGUUCCGUUGCGAGUGUAUGGCGGGACUCGCUGUGGGGCUCGACGGACGCGUCUGUGUAGACACACACAUGCGCAGCACGUGUUACGGAGGGUAUAAGCGCGGUCAGUGUGUGCGACCGUUCUUCGGUGCCGUCACCAAAUCUGAGUGCUGCUGCGCCAGUGUGGAGUACGCCUACGGAGAGCCAUGCCAGCCAUGCCCACCGCUCAACUCAGCGGAGUUUUCGGCUCUCUGCAGUCACGGCCUAGGAACCACGACUGACGGCAGAGAUAUAAACGAGUGUGCGCUGGAUCCUGAUAUCUGUCAGAACGGUGUGUGUGAGAACAUGCUCCGAACGUACAAGUGUAACUGUAACCUGGGCUUUGAGGUGGACAUCAGCGGGAAGACCUGCGUGGAUGUGGACGAGUGCAUGAUGAACAGUCACCUGUGUGAGAACGGCCUGUGCAGAAACACACCGGGCAGCUAUACCUGCCACUGUCCCAAGGGCUUCAUCUUCCAGCCCCAGACAGAGGUGUGUGAAGACGUGGACGAGUGCUUGAGUAACCCGUGUGUGAACGGCGAGUGUAAGAACAGCGCUGGCUCGUUCGCAUGUCUCUGCUCCACAGGAAGUACAUUGGACAGCUCAGGAACUCUGUGUGUGGAGACCACUAAGGGCACAUGUUGGCUGAAGGUGGUGAAUGGACAGUGUGAGAUUAACAUUAAUGGAGCGACGCUGAAGUCUCAGUGCUGUGCUACGCUGGGGGCGGCCUGGGGCUCACCGUGUGCCAAAUGUGAACCAGAUCCGUCCUGCUCUAAAGGUUACGCACGAGUGAAGGGCACCGUCUGUGAGGAUGUGAACGAGUGUGAUGUGUUUCCCGGCGUCUGCAUCAAUGGGAAGUGUGUGAACACAGACGGGUCGUUCAUCUGCCAGUGUCCCAGCGGGAUGACGGUGGACUCCACUGGAAGGACCUGCGUUGACCUGCGGACGGAGCUGUGUUACCUCACACACAUCGACGAGCGCUGCGGCGCUCCGAUCCCGGGCCGGCACCGUGUGGACGCCUGCUGCUGCUCCGUGGGAGUAGCCUGGGGCCCGGAGUGUGACGAGUGUCCGGAGAAAGGAACGCCCGAUUAUGCCCAGCUCUGCCCUCGGCCCGGAUUCUCCCACCGCGGAGACUUCAUCAACGGCAAACCCUUCCUGAAAGAUAUAAACGAGUGUAAGAUGAUCCACAGCUUGUGCACAAACGGCCGCUGCAGGAACACCAUCGGUAGCUUCCGCUGCAGGUGCGACAGCGGCUUCGCUCUGGACUUUGAUGAAAGGAACUGCACAGAUAUCGACGAGUGCCGCAUCUCUCCUGAUCUGUGCGGUCACGGCACGUGUGUGAACACAGCCGGUGAUUUCCGGUGCGAUUGUUUCACCGGAUACGAGAGCGGGUUCAUGAUGAUGAAGAACUGCAUGGACAUCAACGAGUGCGAGCGAAACCCUUUGCUCUGCAGAGGAGGUGAAUGCAUCAACAGCGAGGGCAGCUUCCACUGCAAGUGUCCAGAGGGCCACGAGAUCGCCCCUGACGGCUCCGCCUGCCUGGAUAUCAAUGAGUGUGAACUGAGUGACAAGCUGUGCAGGAACGGUCAGUGUGUGAACAUGAUCGGACGCUAUCAGUGCUCCUGCAACAUCGGCUACAAAUCCACCGAAGACAGACUCUCGUGCGUUGAUAUCGAUGAAUGCACCAUUGAGAACGGCGGCUGCGAGACGUUCUGCACCAAUUCAGAGGGAAGUUAUGAGUGCAGCUGUCGCCGUGGUUACGCCCUCAUGCCCGACCUCAGGAGCUGCACAGAUAUCGAUGAGUGUGAGGACAGUCCUGACAUCUGUCACGGUGGUCAGUGCACCAACAUCCCCGGGGAAUUCCAGUGCCUGUGUUUUGACGGUUACAUGUCAUCUGAGGAUAUGAAAUCAUGUCUGGAUGUGAACGAGUGUGAGCUGAAUCCAAACAUCUGUCUGAGCGGAAAGUGUGAAAACACCAAGGGCUCGUUCAUCUGUCACUGUGACCUUGGCUUCUCCGUUAGGAAAGGGACGACCGGCUGUACAGAUAUUAACGAGUGUGAGAUCGGUGCUCAUAACUGCGACCGACACGCGACCUGUACGAACACCGCCGGCAGCUUCAGAUGCAGCUGCGCUUCGGGCUGGAUCGGGAACGGGAUCAAAUGCACAGAUCUGGACGAGUGUUCUAACGGGACGCACCUCUGCAGCCCCAGCGCAGACUGCAUGAACACCAUGGGCUCCUACCGCUGCCUGUGCAAAGAGGGCUUCACGGGAGACGGGUUCUACUGUGUCGACACGGAUGAGUGUGCGGAGAAUGUGAAUCUGUGUGAGAACGGACACUGUCUGAACGUCGCCGGUGGAUACCGCUGUGAGUGUGACAUGGGCUUCAUCCCCACCGCAGACGGGAAAGCCUGUGAAGACAUAGACGAGUGCACGUUUGCAGACAUCUGUGUGAACGGCCGCUGUCGCAACAUCCCGGGUCUGUUCCGGUGCCUGUGUGACCCCGGGUACGAGCUGGACCGUAGCGGAGGAAACUGCACAGACGUGAACGAGUGCGCUAACCCCACCACCUGCAUCAGCGGCCUGUGUCUGAACACGCCGGGCAGUCACAUCUGCAGCUGUCCGCCGGACUUCGAGCUCAACCCCACCGGAGUCGGCUGCGUCGACACUCGCUCUGGAAACUGCUACCUGGAUUUGCGAUAUCGCGGCGAUUUCUCCGACAGUCUGGUCUGCUCGACCGAGAUUGGGGUGGGUGUUUCCAAAGCCUCCUGCUGCUGCUCUCUGGGUCAGGCCUGGGGGUCACCCUGCGAGACCUGUCCAUCGCUCAACUCCACGGAGUACAGGAUUCUGUGUCCUGGAGGAGAAGGAUUCCGACCCAAUCCCAUCACUGUGAUAUUAGAGGAUAUCAACGAGUGUCAGGAGCUGCCUGGUCUGUGUCAGGGAGGAAACUGCAUCAACACGUUUGGCAGUUUUCACUGUGAAUGUCCGAAAGGUUUUGCACUCAAUGAAGACACCAGGAUCUGUGAAGAUGUGAAUGAGUGUGAGCGUACCGGCAUCUGUGGUCCGGGUCAGUGUUACAACACCAUUGGGAACUACACUUGCAUCUGCCCUCCGGAGUACAUGCAGAUCAACGGAGGAAACAACUGCAUGGACAUGAGGAAGAGCUUGUGCUACAGGAACUACUACUCUGAUAACGCCACAUGUGAUGGAGAGCUGACCUUCAACAUGACCAAGAAGUUCUGCUGCUGCUCGUAUAACAUCGGCCGGGCCUGGAAUAAACCCUGCGAGCAGUGUCCCGUCCCCAGCACCAAUGAGUUCGCUGUGCUGUGUGGAAGUGAGAGACCUGGAUAUUUCAUUGACAUUUACACCGGUCAAGUCAUUGACAUCGACGAGUGCCGAGAGAUUCCCGGUGUGUGUGAGAACGGUGUGUGUAUCAACAUGAUCGGAAGUUUCCGCUGUGAAUGUCCGAUGGGUUUUGUCUAUAAUGACAAGUUGCUGAUCUGCGAGGAUAUUGACGAGUGUCAGAACGGGCCAGUGUGUCAGCAGAACGCCGUCUGUCUGAACGUUCCUGGAAGUUUCCGCUGCGAGUGUAAACCUGGAUAUCGGCAAACUCCCACCCAGCAGUGUGUCGAUCGUAACGAGUGUGCUGAGAAUCCAAACAUCUGCAGUCCUGGUCAGUGUAUUGACAUGGUGGGUAGUUACCGCUGCAUCUGCCCCAACGGCUUCAAAUCCACACCAGACCUGUGUAUCGAUGUGGACGAGUGCGAGCGUCAGCCAUGUGGAAAUGGAACCUGUAAGAACACUGUGGGUUCCUACAACUGUCUGUGUUACCCAGGAUUCCAGCUGUCACACAACAACGACUGCAUCGACACAGACGAGUGCUCAUCGCUCAGGGGCUUGUGUCGGAAUGGAAACUGCAUCAACACGGUGGGCUCGUUUGUGUGCGUGUGUCUGGACGGGUAUAAACUCUCUCCUGAUGGCCGGAUGUGUGUGGACAUCAACGAGUGUUUGAUCAACCCUGGCACCUGCGGCCCGGGAACGUGCCAGAAUCUGGACGGAUCCUACAGGUGCAUCUGUCCUCCUGGAUACUUCCUGCAGAACGACAGGUGUGAAGAUAUCAACGAAUGUUCUCAGACUGCAGAGAUCUGCAUCUUUGGCAAGUGUGUGAACACGCCGGGCAGCUUCAGGUGCGAGUGUCCGGAGGGAUUCCAGCUGUCCUCGACCGGAAAGAGAUGUGUGGAUAUUCGUGUGAAUUACUGUUACACUAAGUUUGAGAACGGACGCUGUCAGGCUCCGAGGCCCUUGAACACAACUAAAGGCUCCUGCUGCUGCAGCGUGAUGCGGGGUGAGGGAUGGGGCGACCCAUGUGAGAUCUGCCCCUCUCCGGUGGAGGAGGCAUACCAAGCUCUGUGUCCUGCAUCUGGUAAAAUCAUCACUAUAGACGACAUGGCUGUGGAUGUGGACGAGUGUUCAGAAAACCCCGGCAUCUGCAAGAACGGCCACUGCAUCAACACAGACGGGACGUUCCGCUGCGAAUGCCCCUUUGGCUACCAGCUGGACGUCAUGAGGAUCAACUGUGAAGACACGAACGAGUGUGAGCUGGGGAACCCGUGUGGGAACGGCACCUGCACAAACGUGGUGGGAGCGUUUGAGUGCAGCUGUGACGAGGGCUUCGAGCCCGGACCCAUGAUGACCUGUGAAGAUAUCAACGAGUGUUCCCAGAAUCCUCUGCUGUGUGCGUUCCGCUGUGUCAACACGGUGGGCUCGUACGAAUGCAAAUGUCCAGCGGGAUAUGUGCUGAGAGAAGACCGCCGGAUGUGCAAAGAUCAGAACGAGUGCGAGGUGGGUCUGGAUGACUGUGCGUCCAGAGGAAUGACCUGUAAGAAUCUGAUUGGCACGUACAUGUGCAUCUGCUCGCCGGGAUACACCAGACAGCCCAGCGGAGACAGAUGCGUGGAUCUGAACGAAUGCACGGCCAAACCGGGCAUCUGCGAGAACGGCCACUGCGAGAACACGGUGGGCAGUUACCGCUGCGUCUGCGAUCAGGGCUUCAGCCCCAGUCCCAGCAGAACCGAGUGCAUCGAUAACCGUCAGGGCUUCUGCUUCCUGGAGGUUCUGCAGACCAUGUGUCAGAUGAGUUCCAGCAGUCGCGUCAGCGUCAGAAAAUCUGAAUGCUGUUGUGACGGGGGCCGCGGCUGGGGGCCCAACUGUGAGAUCUGCCCGCUGCCCGGGACCACGCACUACAAGAAGAUGUGCCCGCAGGGCCCCGGAUACACCACCGAUGGCCAGGAUAUCGACGAGUGUAAGGUGAUGGGGAAUCUGUGUAAGAACGGCCAGUGUUUGAACACGCUGGGCUCCUUCAGCUGCGUCUGUAAACCCGGAUACACCACCGACAUCAGCAGCACUCAGUGCGUGGAUGUGGACGAGUGCGUUCAGGCUCCGAAACCCUGUAACUUCAUCUGUAAGAACACGGAUGGCGGAUAUCUGUGCUCCUGCCCACGAGGAUACGUGCUGCAGGACGAUGCCAAGAGCUGCCGGGAUCUGGAUGAAUGCGCCACCAAACAACACAACUGUCAGUUCCUGUGUGUCAACACCAUCGGAGGAUUCACCUGCAAAUGCCCACCGGGAUUCACACAACACCACACGGCCUGCAUCGAUAAUAACGAGUGCGCCACUGAACUGGGUCUCUGCGGUCCGAACGGAGUGUGUCAGAACAGCCCUGGCAGCUUCAACUGUGAGUGUCAGAGAGGAUUCUCCCUCGACCCCAACGGACAGCACUGUGAAGACAUGGACGAGUGUGUGGGGAAUCAUCGCUGUCAGCACGGCUGUCAGAAUCUGGUGGGCGGCUACAGAUGCAGCUGUCCACAGGGAUACCUGCAGCACUACCAGUGGAACCAGUGCGUCGAUGAGAACGAGUGCCAGAACAGCCAGAUAUGUGGCGGCGCCUCGUGUCACAACACGCUGGGCAGUUUCCGCUGUCUGUGUCCGACGGGCUUCGCCUUCGAGCAGCAGGUCGGCGGCUGUCAGGACAUCAACGAGUGCAGCUUGACGCAGAACCCCUGCAGCUUCGGCUGCUCCAACACCGACGGAGGAUACCUGUGCGGCUGCCCACCUGGAUACCUGCGCGCCGGACAGGGGCACUGUCUGUCCGGCUCGGGGCUGUCGGCCGGUGGAUCUCCUCUGACUCCCGCCGCUGAUGGAGACGAGAACGAUCUCUCUCCUGAGGCCUGCUACGAGUGUAAGAUCAACGGCUAUCCGAAGAAGGGCCGCAAACGCAGGAACGCCAACGGAACCGAGGAGCUUCAGAACGAUCUGGACUGGGUCAGUCUGGCCAGUGUAGACGUGGACGACACGCUGCAGCUGCGUCUGAAUAUCAGCACACUGAAGAGCAAAGACCACAUCAUCGACUUCGUGCCGGCGCUGUCCACGCUCGCUAACCACGUGCGCUACGCUAUCGACUACGGCAACGACGACGGCCUGUUCCGCAUGAGCCAGAAGGACGGCCUCAGCUACCUGCACCUAUCCAAGAAGAAAGCUCUCCAGCCGGGAGCGUAUUAUUUACAAAUCCGCAGCGUGCCGCAGAACGGCAGCCCAGAGCGGCCCGACACAGACUACCUCAGCGGGCAGCUAGGAGACGCUCUGCACAUGAGCGUCCAGAUCGUCCUGCACUGACGGACACUCGGACAGACUGCAGCAGCCUCGCCCAAAGAGCAGCACGCACCGCAUCAUACGCUCGCAUAACACAUUACUAGGGUUGGGCAUCGUUUGAAUCCUAUCAAUUCCAAUUCGGAUUCUGCUUAUCGAUUCCAAUGUGGUUAAACAAAAGAAAGUCAAACAUUUAGAUAUCAAACUUAUUUAUUCUGUGAAUAUACUUAAUAUCCUUGCAAAACAUUUAAUUGCUGCUGAAUACCAUAAACAAAAAUCAGCCAGCUGCAUAAAAACUGGUCUCAAGCUGCAGAAAAGAGCUGCAUGGCUCUGGAUAAAUUGAGACUUUUUUCUUUUUUUUUUAUGGAGGUUGUAUUUCUCUUACAAUACAAUACAAUACAAAUGUUAUUUCUGUAGCACAUUUAAAACAACUGCCGUUGACCAAAGGGCUUUCCAGCAUCGUUACAUACAGUCACACAAACAAUAUUAAAACCUGAUCACUAAUCAGUUCUAAAAGCUCUACUAAAAAGGUACGAUUUCAAUCUAGACUUAAAAGCAUCCACAGAUGGGGAAGGUUUAAUAUGCAUUGGAAGAGGGUUUCAUAAUCAAGGAGCAGCCACUGAGAAAGCCCUUUGAUUUUAGGAACAUGAAGAACUCGAAGAUCUCAUGUUUCUUCUAUUUUAAUAAAGAAUCAAAAGGUCAACAAUAUAUAUUUUUGGGGCCAUGCAAUGCUUUUAAAAGCAUCAACAAAACCUUAAAUUCAAUUCUAAAUUUGACAUGCAACCAGUGUAAGGAAACCAAGACUGGGGUAAUUCUCUCGAGUCAAAAUCUGGCACAAUUCUGAAGAAAACACAUUAGACGACUAAACAAAAUCUCAUGGAUUUUAUGCAUGGAAUGAUUCAAUGACUCGCUCAAGAUUGACUCGUUUCAUUACUGGACGAAUCAGUGUUUUUGAAUCUCUUGAAUGAAUGAUUCAAAGACAAAUACAUAUUUAACAGCCCCUUUCACCACCAUUAAAAUAAAAGAUGUGCACACAGGAAUUGAUAGGUGGAAUUGAAAUUUUAAUUUUACAGCAAGUAUCCGAUUCUGGAAUUGGAAUUGAUUUUUGAUUCCCAACCCUACAUAUUACACACUCCCACCGCCGCCGCGGAGGAAUGGAUGGAAGUUUCUCGCUCUGGCUCAGUCUAUCGUAUCUUACCGGUGCUAGUCACGUGAGCGCAUAGAUUCCUGCACUGUAAUAACCGACCCACGCCGUCUGCGGCUGCCCGACGCUAGCCUUUCUGUUCUCUGCAACUAUUCUAACAGGGUUUCUGCGGCUCUUACGAAGGCCAGUACAGAGAAAAUGCAAGGAAUAAAUCAAAUGUGACCAUGGACCACAAAACCAGUCAUAAGCUGAAUAAAUAAGUUUUCCAUUGAUGUGUGGUUUGUUAGGAUAGGACCAUAGAUACAACUAUUUGAAAAUCUGGAAUCUGAGGGUGCAAAAAAAUCGAAAUAUUGAGAAAAUCACCUUUAAAUUUGUCCGAAUGAAGUUCUUAGCAAUGCAUAUUACUAAUAAAAAAUUAAUUUAUGGUAGGAAAUUUACAAAAUAUCUUCAUGGAACAUGAUCUUUACUUAAUAUCCCAAUGAUUUUUGGCAUAAAAGAAAAAUGGAUCAUUUUGACCCGUACAAUGUAUUGUUGGCUAUUGGCUACUUAUGACUGCUUUUGUGCUGCAGGGUCACAUAUGAACACAACACAUUAAAACAGUCUCUGAAUGCAAAUGCAUCAGCAACUUGAAAGCAGUUUGAAAAUACAACUUCUAACAGAUCUCCAUCACUUUUUCAUUCAUUAUGCAAAACAAAAACAGCUUAUGUUUUGAAUAUCUGUGCUCAGAAACGCUAAAAUAUGGAAAUAACUGUUACUGUAUCUUCUGAUCACACUGCAAAAAACUGCUGUUCUUCCUCAGUGUUUUGUCUUGUUUUCCAGUGCAAAUGUCCAAAGAUUGUGAAAUCAAAAUACAUUGACUGGAGAAGCAAAAUGAUCAGUGUUGAAGGUGACACAUUACAAGUAAUGCAAAUUACAAUUACUGAUUCGUUUCACUUCUGGUGUGAAAGGGGCUUUACAGUUGCCAAAAAUAUCAUUUUUGUUGUUUUUUUAUAUUAAAAAUAAGCAAGCCAAGCUCAGGUGACAAAAAGUAACAAUGCAUUACUUUACAAAAAAAAAAAUGUUGCAUAAAAAGUAAUGAAAUUAGUAACUUUUUUUAUGGAGUAAUGCAGUAUUGUCAUGCAUUACUUUUAAAAGUAACUUUCCCCAACACUGAAAGUGUCAAAAUAAGUUUUGUUUUCUGAGAAAUUGAUCAAAAUUAAGUAAGUUUAUGAUUAAAGGGGUGUUUACACGGCAUCAUUUUCAACUAAAAACUGAAAACUUAUGCGUUUUAUCCAUUUUGGGAACCUGAAAACAAACUUUUAAAAUGGGUUUCAAAGUGGAAGCAUUUGAAAAUGUCUCUGUGUGAACGACAAAAACACGAAACUUUGUUUUUUAUAAAGUGACAUCACCAAUUACUGGUCUGGCAUGAAUAAUACAGCGUUCAAAAGUUUCAAAAACGCAAUGAAAAACGAACAAAUAUCUUUUGAUGGGCUCAGAAAAAUGAGUAAUUUUCAUUCCUCAUUAGCUCUUUUUCCAUCCAAAGUUUCAAAUUUAACUUGUGCGGGAAAGUAGAAUAUUGCAUAAAACAUUUGUGAAUAAAGCACCAUUUUUGUCCCAUGUGUUCAAGAGAACAAAAUAGUGACUUCCUGAGAAACGGCGCAAAAUAUCAGUAAUAAAAAUGAAAGUUGCUGCAGCAGGGGACACGUGGUUUUUUUCCUAAAUCAUAAAUGACUUGCAUCUCAAAACGCGUGGACGAAAUGCAACGCGAUCUUGCGUUCAGAUGCCUGAUCGUAUGAGAGUUAUGGAGGUGAUUUUCAGAAUUAAAAUAAAAUUUGAGACGGUGUGCGAUGAGGUCAGAGUCCAGAUGUCCAAUCACAUGAUCUGUUGAGGCAAAGUCACAUGACUUUUUUUUGUUGCACAUUAAGGAAUUUAUUCGCUAAACGUGUUUCCAUUGUAGUUUAUGUGCAUGUCUUCGUUUUGGAUAAAAAUGAUCCUCCUCAAUCGAGUGCAUACGUUUUUAAUGCACAUUUUAAGAUUUUAUGUGCAUCUUGGCAUUUCCAUCCAGUGUUUUACGUGAUAUUCCAAAAUUUGCAUAAAAAUAUGUGGAUGGAAACAUAGCUGUUGAAAUUGAUUGGUUCUUGUUUGAUGCAUAAACUCAGAAAAACUCCAGUAAAUGCAUCUUGAUUUAAACAUGUUUAGAUAUUUGUACUGGAAAACAAGACAGAAAUACUGAGGAAGAGAUUCAUUUUUUUGCAGUGCAUGCAGCAUUUAUGAAUUCAAGCCUUUCUGUUCUGAUUCCAGAGCUUUUUAAGCCCUCAGAUCGUGCAAGACAAAUGCAGACCUUUGUAAGACCCGCAGAAACCCUGUCCAUGUAAUUUAAGUGUGUCUAUACUGUAACCGUGUCACUUUUUUACUCGCGAACGCAUUUGUAAACUAGAGGACCCCUGGAACGGAGGGGUUUGUAAUGGUGCUUCUUAUAAUGACCAACUACUUGUAAACUGUGUUUCUGUGACUCGAUCCAUAUGCACUGAGGUCUGACGGCCACACACACCUCCACACACACCUGUGGCCUCCGGCGAUGAGAACGCCGCCUCUGCCGUCUGUACGACCACGUUCUGUUCUGUCUUCACACUCGUGAGGGGGUUAGAUGUACAUUCACAAUAAAAACAUAUUUUUGGUUGUACGGGCGACUCGAGCGCUGGCCUUCUUUCAGAGCGGCCUCAGAAUCACUCGCUCUCGCUCGGUUCCUCUUGGGAAGAUAACGGUUCACUCCAGAGUUUAUAACUGAGCAGCUGACAACGUCGGCAUCGGAUCGUGAUAAUAAUACUGCUGCGUUACAUUUAUUGGUAAUACUGUGGUAUUCUUUAACCCUGGUGUAAAGCUUGACAUAUCAAAUAGCCUUUUUAAAAAUGGAACAGUUGAUAUUACAAGAAAGUUUGUGUUUUUAUGAGCAUCACAUGAUCAGGCUUCUACGGCUCAUAUGUGUCCCUGCAGCACAGAAGCAGUCAUAAGCAGCACAGCUAUAUUUGUAGCAAUAGCCAACAAUACAUUGUAUGGGUCAAAAUUAUACAUUUUUCUUUUAUGCCAAAAAUCAAAGAUCAUGUUCCAUGAAGAUAUUUAGUAAAUUUCCUACCGUAAAUAUAUCAAAACUUAAUUAUUGAUUAGAUGCAUUGCUAAGAACUUAAUUUGGACAACUUUAAAGGAGAUUUUCUCAAUAUUUAGAUUUUUUUGCACCCUCAGAUUCCAGAUUUUCAAAUAGUUGUAUCUCAGACAAAUAUUGUCCGAUCAUAACAAACCAAACAUCAAUUGAAAACUUAUUUAUUUGGUUUUCAGAUGAUGUAUAAAUCUCAAUUUCAAAAAAUCGACCCUUGUGACUGGUUUUGUGGUCCAGGGUCACUUAUAGUCUGAUCUAGUGAGUUUAGGAAACAAAAACAGCUCAAUUUUAAUCAGAGCAAAAAUAGGCGAUAUCAUUGGUUGCUCUAUAUCUCCAGUAAUAUGUCUUAGUAAGAUGAGAUUGAAAUGAUCCAAACAUAUGAUGCAAUGCAAUGCAAUGCUGAUUGAAAGAUGAAGAAAUAAACGCUCCUCAGAAGAUCCUGAUGAUCAGAUUUGAGACGCACUGAUUUUUCAAAAAAUGAUUGAUGGAGAAUCAAGUAAAACCGAGCUGCUUCAGUCCAAGAAAUAUUACUAGUUAUUCUGACAUUUACUUGAUAAAAAUAGAAAUUUGUGAUCAUAUGAUACAGUAAGGUUAAUGUAUUUGACAGGUGUAAUUUCCAUGAAUAUGGUUAAUUCAGCACAGUACUGUAGUAUUACCAUCUGAUACCACCAUAGCACUUCUGUUUUUUAGUAAUGGUAAAGAAAACAAGCAAAACAUCUUAAGUCACCUUUAUUUAUAAAGCGCUUUAUUGUUUUGUGUAUUUGACCUCGACAAAAAUCACACAAAAUGUAGAGGUAAGUCUGUAAAUGAUGUAAAGAUCAAACGUGCCACAAAAGAAAACUCUUUUUGAGCUUUUGUUCAUAACUCAGUCAGAGAUGCAAACAGGUGAGAAGAUUGCGUGACUCGGGGGCAUGCCCUGCACAGUUUAUUUUAAAGAUAUUUGUUUUACAAGCUCAUUUGUAGUUACUUUAAGGUAUUUUUUACAAUAUAUUUUUUAUUACCUUAUAUGUCCAAAACUAAUUUUUCACACAUACAAUUUUUUUUUUUACAAAAAUCAAGAUGGAAUAUGGUCAAAAUCCCAUGUUAUAAAAGAUGAAGUGCUGUUCAGGCUAUUUAAAGCAAUAUUGGCUGAUUAGACGGCAAUGCUGACCUAAAAUGCAAAAUAAUUGCCCUCCUCUCUCUUCAGCGUUCCCACAUCUCAGACCUCAAAUACAUCAAAUAUUACCCUUUUAGACACAGAUUCUGAAGUAAAGAAAAUAUAUGGACCCAAGCAAAUCUCAUUGGUGACCUA